UUAUUUCUCGUGUGCAUCAUUUCACUUUUGAAGAAAAAUUAUCGGCAAUUUGAUUUUUUUGUGGAAAUUCACAGCGUAUCGUCUGAUUCAUGUGCUACAAUGAAUCCGAAAGAAGUGGUUUAUGUAGGAAAUCUUCCGAAACAAGCAUCCGAUCAGGAAUUGAUCGAAUUUUUCAAAGAUGUCGGAAAGGUAAUCAAAGUUUCAUUCAUGCGAGAGAAUCGCAACGAUUGCCGGACCAAGGUAGCGUUCGUGCUAUUUGAGAAUGAAAUGCAGGCUUUGAGGGCAUGCAAUUUCGAUCAAACUAUAUUUCAAUGGCAUCGCGUUGUCGUAACGUUGGUUGACGAUGAACGUCACUUCUGGGCGGGCAACACCGUGAUUGUAAGGAACAUAUCUUCAGAAACAAACGAAGAAGAUUUGUACGAAGCAUUCGGAAGGUAUGGAAUGAUAGAAGCAGUUCAGAUUCCAAACAACAAUUUCGCGUAUGUGGGAUUUAAGGAAAAGUCGGCAGCAGUAGCAUCUCAACGAUUGAGCAAAACAACGUUGGGGUCAACAGUAAUCACAGUUCAAGUGCUCACCACGAAUGUCCGAGUACGAUUGGAAGAUUUGGAUAGUUUCAAAACACCUCGUGUUUUUAACGAAUUGAUGGAUGCGAAACUUAAGCAUAACUAUUCAAAGGGUCCAGUGGCGGUGGUCGCACCGCUGCCACAAUAUGACGACUAUGAAGAUGAAGACGACGACAACAGGGUUUAUGAUCCUGUCACAAAUCGCUUUUAUGAUAAAGUAAAAACACCUCAAGUCAAACGCGAACCUUCACCAGAUGAUAUGUGUGAAGAAGACAUGCACGUAGCAGUACCAUCUCCGAUUCCAUGGCACAGUGGUACUAAUAAUCAAGUAACUCAGUCGAUAUCCGAAAAUAGUUCGUCUCACGGUAUUGACAUUUCGAACGAAGGAACGAUGGAGAUAGUUUCAGAGAUUCGCCGUCGCGAUGUAAAAUUUAUGAAAACUGGUUUAAUUCCUAUCUCCAAAGCCUCGAUUCGAGUGGAAAAUAUUCCACGUGACGUGUACGAUGAGGACGUCGUUAAAUACUUUGAUCAAUUUGGUUCGAUUGUUAGCUUUGAGAUAGGAUAUUCGAAGACUUGCAUAUUCAACAAAAUUUAUACGGUCACAUAUGACCAAGAAAGCACAUUGGAACGGGUGAUCGAUUGUUUUAUGCGAAAGUGUGAAUUUUCUGGAGUUGUUUGUACUGUAUUUACGUUCAGGACCGAUGAAACACUUCUAGAAGUGCCCGGCAAGUGCGUUUUGGUAGAUUUUCUUUCUACUAACAUAGUCUACGAAGAUGUUGUCGAAGCGUUCAGUGGGAUCGGAAAAGUAAUCUAUGUGAAGAAAUCGCUCCGAAACAACACUCCGAGUGUGGUCUUUUUCCGACAAAACGUGUCAUUUGACCGCGCCAAACAGAUUACGGAAAUAGACGGAGACAAAGUUCAGGUAGUUCCAUACAGUAAGGAGGCUUUCCGAAUGUUUACAUCGGCCAAUUGGAAAUUGAACAAGGCGGGUAUACCAUUCACAAAGAAACCGUUGAAGAACGUACGGAUGAUGGAUAUUGAAAUGAAGGAACAAACGGAGAAGGGUAAACAUAUGAUUCUCCAAACGGUUUUCAACCCUAACUAUCGGAAUCCGGAUCCAACCAAAUUUACAUAUGAAAUCGUCAUAUACAACUGUCCAAUGCAAACCACACUGAAAGAUCUAAGGAGACACUUCAUCAACGACUCAUUUGUCACCAGUAUGCGGUACGAGCCGAGUGCGUUCGAUUCCAAUACGUGGAAGGUGUACGCCGGCUUCCCAACGUACAUGGAAGCAUUCCACGCUGUACGUAUGAAAGGUACGUUUCAAUCGUAUCCGAUCUACAAACACAUGGCUAACGAAAGGCCAAAACUAGAUGCACAGGAAGCAUUGUUGAUCGAGUUUGAAACUGAUGAUAUUUCUGUUAACAAACUGCACCAUGCUUUGGUCAGCAACGGGCCUGUUACCUUCGUAGACAGAAUUGGAUUAAACCGUUUCACUGCAAUCUGUCGGGAUGCUAAGACAGCAAGAAAGGUAGCAAAUCUACGGUUUCUGUGUAGAUUACCGUGCAAAGUAUCAUCGUACCGAGAUAUAAUCAAUAAGCAGAAUGCAAUGAAUCCUGUAUCUGCUGGAAUGCAGUCAUUGCCAAGACAAGACAUUCGUCAUCCCUCACACCGUGGACCUCCAGUUCCGAUGCAUGAGAUCAUCGCCUUGCAGAAAAACCUACUAAACGACGGAAGCGAAGGUGGUCCACAGUCAUCGCGGGACUAUCGCCGAACCGCCAACGAAUGGGAACAGGAAAACGAUGAUGUCAACAGAGAAUCUGAUUUGCUUAGGCGAAAGUCUGUCGACAUGGAUUUGGAUAACGAGGAACCUGAACAAUACGGCAAUCCCAUUCCAACUACGGGAUAUUCAACCUUUCAACGUGUUGAUGAUCUGGUGUUCUCUAAUCCUCCAGCGCCUAACGUGGUGCCAUUUGGAAUGCCACCGAGGGAUAACAAUUUUACAUUAGGAUGGGCUCUGGGCGGUCCCAUGCAUCAACCACCGGCUAUGGUGCCACCUCCAGUAACAAGAAAUGUGUUCAUGAAUGAACCUGUUCGUAUGGUUCCACCGGUUGGAGGUGGCAUACUUGGCGGGCCGCUCCUUAUUCCUAAUGUAACUAUUCAUCAGGUUCAACCUGCGCAUAGCACUGUCCCACAAGAAGGAGAUCUCCGCCAAUAUUUAGCUGAAAAGCGUAAUACGAGACCUCGUGAUACGUACGACCCAAUGGAAGAUUUUGAAGGGCAAAUAGAAAAUAUUGAUUCGGAACUACCAAGCUCUUCUCAAGAGAUGGACCAGCUUGAAACGUAUAUACGAGAGAAGGAACGCGAUAUCAAUCGUAGGCUGCAGCUGUUGAACGAACAGAUAACGAUCGACCCAGAUAAGUCUCGCGAGCGCUCUGUUUCACCUACCGAUCGAGAAGCACAAAAUCGUAUUGAGCAGAUUCGGAAGGAAAAGAUUGAAGUAUGUCAUGAAAUGACUAUGCUGCGUAAGACUGGCGGUAUCGAAGGUACUCGUCAAUUCAUUGAACUUUGUGAACGCCAAUCAAAGUUGAACAAAGAAGCCGCUGAAAUCCAAAAACAACUUGACGCCAAAGAAAAGUGGCUAGCGGAACGUGCUCGAUCCCUUUCUAAAGAUGACAAUGAUCCAGAAAACCAAAGGUCAAGGCUUGCUCAUAGUCGCAGCAGAAGCACAUCACGUGGAAGACGUACGAACAGCCGUGAGCGUAGUUAUCGUAAUCGCGAACGCGUAGCUAAUACGCGUCGUAGUCGCUCUCGCUCGUUUGGUCGAACAAGUCGCCGUAGAUCACCAUCGAGGGAACGUUUUUCACCAAGCCGGUCCCGACGCCAUUACAACAGUGCACGGGCAGUGAGCAAUCGAAGACCUCAAUCGCUUCUACGGGAGAUGAGACAAUUGGAUCGCCCUAUGGAAAAGAAACAUGAUCAUUGUGUUUACGUUGGUAACAUUGCUGAAUCCAUCACCAAUGAAGAACUCAAAGCUACGUUUGAUCGUUAUGGACGUGUUGUUGAAUAUGAUCUCAGCCUUCGCGAUAAAUACUGUGAGAUCUACGCGGAAUAUCAUAAACGCGAGGAUGCUUUCAAGGCCCUAGAAAUGAAUCGUGUCAAGAUCUGCGGGAAAAGGUUGCGAGUCGCUUUGAACUGUAGGAAACCGGCCAAUCGAGAAGGUUACAGCAUAAUAGUGGAGAUGUCUGAACCUGUUCCUGAGCGGGAUCUGUACGCGCGUUUCAACAGUUGCGGAGAAAUCGAAUUCAUCUGGCACUACGAAAAUUCUACGAUUGCCACUGUUACCUUCGAACGACCAGAAUCUAUGCUUAUGGCUCUAGCUGUUCGAGAACUACAUAAUAGAAUACCAAUAAUAGUUCGAGAAUAUGUAGAAAGUGAACGUUAAACUAUAAUCCUGCUUGUUGAAAUACGAUCAACUCAAACAUUAUUCUCUGUCAACAUUCAGCAUUAAUAACGGUAUGGAAAAAGAAAACGUCAAUAUUUGUAAGUAUUUCCUUUAUUAUUAAAUACAUGAUUUCAAUUACCCUAAUCAUCAGAGCCAAUAAAUAUAACUUUAACUGAGAUCAUUUUUGUAAUACUUCUACUUCGAACAUUAACACAUAUUCGUAAUGGGCAGCCAUGUUUAAAAUUAAUUCAAAACUAGACCUACUGAAAGUGUCUUCCUGCGAAGCUUUGAUUGAUUUCGAUUAACGUCGAAGAGAUGACUGCCAAGAUUGGACAGAAUAUGAGGAACCAGUUCGGAAAAAAAUGCGCCUUUUUGAAAUAUAAGUUAUCUGAAUUUCCAGGUUUACACAACAAAGAAAUCUCAUUAAUAUUCGUUGGAUUUGUCAUAUGAAUCGUGUGCAAAUUAUAAUUCAUAGAAGUCAUGAAAACUGAUCAACGGAACCAUAAUGAAAUUGAUGUGAAUAUUAUAUACAAUUUAUAUGAAAAAUCAAUGAAAUUUAUCUCAUUUCAUAGUUUAUAUUCAUUGGAUGUGUCAUAUGGAUCGUACGCAGAUGAUAUUUCAUAAAAUACACAUGAAAACGUAUAACUUAUAAUAAAAAUGCACAUAAAAUCUA